AUGGCAAAAUUCUUGGCAACUAUAAAGGCAAUAAUUACGCGCUUGGUAUUUGCAUCGCAUGGUUUCAUCGCAAUUUGGCAGGUAACGACUUUCAAGAGAAAUCCAUAUUUUUGGUACCUGAGCUGUCCUAUUCUGCUGAUGUUCUUCGAGGGUAUUUUUACGCUCACUAUAAAGGAAAAUCAGGAAUGGAAAUGGUUCUGUCCAUCUGUAUUUUUAUAUCUUAGUAGCGUAGUACCUGCAAUUUGGUUAUUAGAACUGGAUAAAGUAGACAUGAGACUGAAAUCUCGCGGAACGAAUCUCAAUAUAUCAGAGAAUAUCGAUUUAUCUAAUCUGGCAGCUGGUGACUUAAAACAUUUGGAAGAAGCUCUAGGAGUUGAUAUUCGUUUACCGAAUAUACAAAUUUCCACAGAAACAUGGGUUACUUUAAUUGAACAAUUCUUAAUGCUAAUUUUGAUAAUUGGCCGAUGGAUGUUGCCAAAAGGUGACUUGACUCGAGAUCAGUUAAGCCAGCUGCUAUUAGUCUACAUUGGUACUGCAGCUGAUAUUAUCGAGUUCUUUGAUUCCUUCAAGGAAGAUAGAAUAGCAAGAGAGCCCGUACUUGUAUACUUGACAUUAGGCAUUUGGGCAUGGUCUCUGACGCAGUUCACAGUUGUGCUAACUGCCACUAAGUCUAGAAAGUCUCGUUUGUCGUCCGGCAGUGUUACCAGAAAAAAAGUCCGAACGGAAACAAGCUGCUGCAGCAUUGAUGUAUGGGGAAUCGCUCUGAACAUGGUUCUUCAAGACGGACCAUUUCUGGCAUUUCGUUUGAUAUUGAUAAUUCAUUAUCAGAUAGUUAGUUAUAUGAAUAUAUUCUUCACGUGCAAGAACACAUUAGUGAUAUUGCUGCAAUUGUAUCGACUUUAUGUAGUACAAACCGAGAACAAAAGCAAACUGAACAAGAGAUAUAGUAAAAGAGAAAUAUCAAAUAUCAAAAUUAUUUCCCGAGGUGAUAUGUAUAAAGAUGUAAGAAUGAGAACUUUGCGAGAUAAUAAUAAAUAUAAAAAUCGACGUGAUAAAGAUAUAGAAGCAAAUUAUAGUGAAACUGAAGAUUCGAGAGAAGAUAUCGAUAAAUUCGAUUCGUCCCCAAAAAAUAUCGGUCGGUCCAAACGAAAAAAUCGCCAAGACACUGGAUAUUCGACAUCCAGCUCUCAUAAUUCAAAUAAACACGAUAACUCUCACAAGUUUGAAAAGAAGAAAUUAUCACGCAGAGAAGAAACUAAACGUGACAUUUCUAAUGAGAGACGCAAAAGAAGAGGAAACAGAAAGUCUUAUGAAAAAAGCGAGAGGAAGACAAUGAAUAAAAAUAAUAAUAAUUUUGAUAAAAGCUCCAUUCGAAAGUUUGACAGUGAGAAUGAGUCCUCUAGUGAGGAAUUAGAUGACAGUAAAAUCAGCGGAGCCAGUGAUUCGGAAUCCAAUAGAAAGAGGUAA